AUAAAAAUGAAAAUCACCAUUCACAGCUUUGCUUCAAAUCUCACAACCAAAGCUCCAAGCCCAAUUAAAAAAAAAAAAAAAAGUAAGAAAAGAAGAGAAAUUACUUCAGAAAUUGAAAGAUUGAUAUAAAAUAAAAUGCCCAGUAAUUGCAGCAUAAGGGCUCUCUGGAUUCUCAACAAUCAAGAUUCUGUUAUUUUCUCAAGGAAAUUUCCGGUGGUGGAGAAGCGGUGGCGGGUCGCAUGUGAGAAAGAAAUUAAAAGCUCCGGUGACGAUAAAUUUAAGUAUAAUAUAGCGCCUUAUGAUUCAGAGUUCGCUGCUGCGUUUGUUGACCGCAAAAAGAGGGAGGGAUCUGCCAGGGGCUAUGGCCUACGUGUCAGUCAAUCUGUUGUAGGAUCGGAUUCAUGGGUCGACGAUCCAAUUACCCGUCAUAUUAUAAGUCUUUACAUUAAUAAAGAAGAGGAAAGCGAGGGUUGUCUAUUAUGGCCUUUAGUUUUGCACAUGAAGGGUCCAUACUGCAUUCUUGUUCUGCCGUUAGUUGAACCUCAUCAUUUGAAAUCCUAUGCAAGAAUGUGCAAAAGAUCGGAUUGUGGAAAUUCUGUCAAAGAAGAUGAAAGUUUAUCUUCCCUCUUGCUUGAUCUUCCAUCCAUCACAGGGGCUUUUAUUGUGGCACAUACAAUAGGAGACAUUAUAACAGGUGACAUCACAGAGCCUGAAGUAUUCGUGAGUGCCUCUCCAUCAGUUGGAGGACUGCUGGAUUCCCUCACUGGCAGUAUAGGGAUUUCAGGUAUCUCAGCAAGAGCCAAACCUGUAGCAGCAUCUGUUGCAGCCUCCACUGCUUCCGGAACUGCUGUGAGUGGAGCUGCAAUGUCUGAUUCUCAAAAAAUAGGUUCGAGGCCCUUGGACAAAGAUGCACUUCGUUCUUUCAUCAGUAGUGCAAUGCCUUUUGGUACUCCCCUGGACCUCAGCUAUUCAAACAUUUCUGCAAUCAAGACUGCAGGCUUUUCUUCAGCAGAUAUGCCUCCUGUAGACCGCAAGCAACCAGCAUGGAAGCCUUAUCUUUACAGGGGGAAGCAGCGGAUUUUGUUUACAGUUCAUGAAACAGUUCAUGCUGCAAUGUAUGAUAGGGAUGAGAUUCCAGAUAGCAUAUCGAUUUCUGGCCAAGUGAAUUGCCGGGCAGAUUUAGAAGGGUUGCCUGAUGUUUCGUUCCCAUUGACAGGGUUGGACACUGCUCGUGUUGAGUCAUUAUCCUUUCAUCCUUGUGCUCAAGUUCCAGAGCAUGGGGGUGAUAAGCAGGCUGUGACAUUUUCACCGCCAUUGGGAAAUUUUGUUCUGAUGCGUUAUCAGGCUUUUUGCUCUGUUGGGCCUCCAGUAAAGGGUUUUUAUCAGCUUUCAAUGGUCUCUGAAAAUGAAGGUGCAUUUUUAUUUAAGCUGACCCUCAUGGAAGGUUACAAAGCUCCUCUAACAAUGGAGUUCUGUACUGUGACUAUGCCUUUUCCAAGGAGAAGGGUGGUUUCCUUUGAUGGGAUGCCUUCUGUUGGAACAGUAUCCACCACUGAACAUUCAGUUGAAUGGAAAAUAAUAACCGGUCCUCGAGGAGUUUCUGGGAAGAGCAUUGAGGCAAUUUUUCCUGGGACUGUUAAAUUUGCUCCAUGGCAAACUCAAAGGCUGAAUUCCUCUGUGUCUGCAUAUACUGGUGUUGCUGAUGAAGACAGUGAUCUUGAAACAGAGUCCAGUAGUAACAUUGUAAAUGUGGAGGAUUACUUAAUGGAUAAAAUGAACAAGGACCUUCAAGCAGUAGAUCUAGAUGAGCCUUUUUGCUGGCAGGCAUACGACUAUGCCAAAGUAUCUUUCAAGAUUGUGGGACCAUCUUUAUCAGGAAUGUCUAUUGAUCCUAGAUCUGUAAGCAUAUUUCCAUCAGUCAAGGCCCCUGUGGAAUUCUCAUGUCAGGUUACUUCGGGGGAAUAUAUUUUGUGGAAUACAUUGGGUAAGUGCCCAGUGGUGGCCACACCAAAAGUGUAGAGGGUUAGUGGCAAUUCUCAAACAUCUUGUUUCUACGAGGCAAUCUUUUCUCUCUCUCUCUCUCUCUCUCUCUCUCUUUUUGGUAGAAGAUUUUAGUUUUUUGUUACGAAAAGUUGUGACCAAUUGAGCUUCAUUAUGUUAUAUCUUUGUAACAAGAUUGUUUGACAUUUAGUUUGGAAACUUGAGCAUGGACAAUUGGCUAGUUUUAUAGGAGCUGAGAGCCUCGGUUUAGUUUCUGUUAAUCAGAGUUUUGUAACAUGUUUCUCUGGAUCGCAAUAUCCCGAGUGAUCAAAAUGUUUUCUGAUCGAAUAUUCUUCUUUUA